CAGGACUGUAUAGGGUCAGCACUUCCAGCCUGAUGCUCCAGCACUGAUCUGAGAGGGCUUCAGCACCUGGACUCAAGGAUCUUCCUUUAGCCCUGCUGUCCCUGGUCCAGACAGAGGGCAGAGACAUCCUCACCUUGCAAGAUUGUGCAUUCUGUAACCUACUAUAGCGAUUCCAAGACCGGGAGUAAAGGCCACCUCCGGGGCAAGGACAUUUGAGUUUCAACUUCUGUGGUCAUUGAUCCCCAAGCACAGAUGAGAACGAACGCACCAACCCAGCCAACCCAGGAUAUCGGUUUGAAAACGCAUCAAGCCAGGCCUCUGUUUUUGAUGACUGUGGCGUUGCAGCUCAUCAGUCUGGGAAACGGCUAUCAAAGCGAAGCCAGAGAAGUCAGCAAUAUCCCGUCUCCAGUGAUGCCCGGGAUGACACUGGACAGAACUCUGAGUAAUUCCAGUAGAAAGAAUGACACCCAGGAGGGGGCGCGCCUAUGGGAUUCCCUUCCUGACUCCAGCACUUUGGGAGAGAGUGCAGCCCCUGGAUCCCGCUGUUGCCACAAUGGCGGCACCUGUGUUCUGGGCAGUUUCUGCGUGUGCCCUGCGCACUUCACUGGUCGCUAUUGCGAGCACGACGAGAGGCGCAGAGACUGUGGCGCCCUAGGGCAUGGAGCUUGGACCCUGCACAGCUGCCGCCUAUGCAGAUGCAUCUUCUCAGCCCUGUACUGCCUCCCACACCAAACGUUCAGCCACUGUGACCUGAAAAGCUUCCUUUCUUCAGGUGCCAGAGGAUCAAGAGCGUGCAGCAUCCUGAGCCUCCUCCUGCUGGUGCUCUGCCUCCUCCUGCAGGGUGUGGCUGGUAAGGGCUGAGGCUCCUAAGUACCAUGAUAUCAUCUAUCAUCUCCUCCUGAGGUGUCACCCUUGAAUACACAUGACACCACAGUGUGCCAGCAGGAAAGCUGGGUGGUGGGCAUCUGACCCGGUGUUGUGUCCUGUAAAUAACAGAAUCGCCGGAAUAUUCUGGAUUCUCAUGCUGUGCAAUAAAGAUGCUUAACGGUG